AUGCCGACAUGGAAGAAGUAUGCUCGGAUCGUACUACCUCAUGUAGGACUCAUUCUCCUUUCGCUGCUAUAUGUUGUCGGAGGAGCGGUCGCUUUCUACCAAAUGGAGCAUCCGAAUGAGAUGGCCGUACGUGAAUCUGCAAUUCGACGCUUUAACCAACAUAAAGAACGAAUGCUGACCGAACUCUGGACGCUUGUUGAUUCUGGAGCACCACCAGAGGAGCGAGCAAGUCUCUAUGUGGAGAAUUCGACGCGUAUCCUUUUCGAAGCAUUCGACACCAAUUUUAUCACUGCUGCACUUCUAAAACCAGGAGGAGAAAAUGAAGCGUAUUCUUGGACGUUCGUCACUGCACUUUUCUUCACUGCUACGCUACUUACCACGAUUGGUUACGGUAAUCUCGUUCCAGUUACUUGGCACGGGCGAAUGUUUUGUAUCGCGUACGCUUUGCUAGGUGUUCCGCUGAUUCUCAUUACAGUAGCCGAUAUUGGUAAAUUUCUCUCAGAAAACAUCGUUUGGUUGUAUUCGAGGCGAAACUAUUUCUCUCCUUAUAUCCUUUAUUUUUGUAAAUAUAGUAAAGUCCGAGAAAAGAAGGGUCUCGAGCAAUACAUUUCCAUCCCAGUCGCUCUUAUUGUGAUGAUUCUUCUUGGUUACAUGGCCAUCGGAGCGGUUUUGUUGGGAUCGUGGGAAAAUUGGCAAUUUUUCUCAGGAUUCUACUUUUCUUUCAUCACAAUGACCACUAUCGGCUUUGGAGAUAUUGUACCGAUUAAUCGAGAAUUCUAUCUUCUUGAUCUUUGCUAUAUUAUUAUUGGAUUGGCGAUCACAACUAUGUGCAUCGACCUCGUCGGCAUACAGUACAUCCGUAAAAUUCACUACUUCGGUAGAGCUAUUAAGGACGCCCGAUUCGCCUUGGUAAACGUGGGCGGCAAAAUGGUGCACGUGCCAGAUCUCAUGAGAUACGCCAGCGUUUUGCAACAGAAGUACGGUCACAAGAAGCCGCAGGACAUUGUUGUUGUUAAAGGAGCCUACGCGCCAAAAGAUAUCAAUAAAAUCAGAUUUAUCGACUACGGUGCACUGGCCUCCGUUGAGAGCUUCCAGACGAUCUUCUCCAACAUACUCAACACAAAGUCGAAGGAACCCGCAGCAGUAUAA